AGCGGCGGCAUUGGCGGCGGCAUUGGCACCGGCGGCUGCGGCGGUGGCGGCCGUUAGUCCCGGCGGGGCUGCCCCGGCCUAGCACGCGCCCCCGCGGCACCCGCCUCGUCCGGACUCCGGCUCCGGCGCCUCCGGGAAGCCUCCCUGGCCCGGCCCCAUGGUGCACUUCUUGCACCCGGGGCUGCGGCCCCGCACCAUCGUCACCCCGAACGCCCUGGAGGACCCUCCGGGCUGCUGCGUGGUCCAGGAGGAAGCAUCUCCCUACUCCUUGGUUGACAUCUGCCUGAUUGUCCUGGCUACUGACCUGGACAGGUUCUGUUCAGAAAGACCUGAUGGAACCCUGCGCCUGCACGAGCUGGGAAGUUUCCCUCAGGAAGUAGCUGAUCGACUGCUGCAUAUGAUGACAGUUCAUGGCAAGCUGAAUGAUCGAACUGUGGGCAUUUUUCAAGGUGACCAAAUGCAGCUGAAGCAGGUGUGCAUCCGGAAAGCCGAGAUUUCUGCUGCUGCUUUCCACAAAGCCUUCUGCCAUCACAGAAUUAUUGAACUGGAUGCUGCCGGUGUGAGCGCAGACCUCUCCAUCCCAGAUAUCCUGAAUGGCCUUGGCAGCAGUCCGUGGGCCCGGCAACACCUUCAGUGCCUCGUGCUGAACUCGGGAACUCUGCCUGCUGCGGAGGCCCCGGUGCCACGCUUCAGCCAGCUGGCUGGGCUUCGGGUUUUAAGUGUUUCCAACAUCCCUUUUCAGAACAGGCACCUGGCAGAUGUCGCUUUGCUGCCCAGAUUAGAGAGUCUGGACAUUUCUAACACCUCAGUCUCUGACCUCUCUGCACUCCUCGCCUGUAAAAACCGGCUCAAAUCACUCACCAUGCACUAUCUGAAGUGCCUGACGAUGCCCACGCCCCAGAUCCUGGACGUCAUCAGGGAACUGCAGGGCCUGGUUCACCUUGAUGUUUCCGACGAUCAGCAGUUCACCUCAGACCUGGCCUUUCAUUUGCUGCAGCAGAAAGACAUCUUGCCGAACAUCUUGUCGCUGGAUAUCUCCGGGGGUAAACACAUCACCGACGAAGCUGUCGAAGCUUUUGUCCGGCAGCGGCCGGCAAUGCAGUUUGUGGGACUGUUGGCUACAGAUGCUGGCUACUCCGACUUCUUUACCUCAGACCCUGGCUUCAUGGUUGCAGGAGGGGCAAAUGUCAGUCAGAUUUCCGAAGCUCUGAGGAGAUACAGUGAGAGAGUGUGCUUUAUGAAGGAAGCCCUCAUUCGCCUCUUCACCCAGACAUUUUAUAUGCAAAUAACCAAGCCCGCUAUUUUAAAGCUUGUGGCUGUAGGAAUGAGGAAUCACCCCCUGGACUUGCCCGUACAGUUCACAGCCAGCGCAUGCACCCUCAAUUUAACCCGGCAGGGUCUGGCCAUGGGUAUGCCUGUUCGCUUGUUGUCAGAGGUCAUCCAUUUACUUCUCAAGGCCCUAAAAAAUUUCCCUAAUAACCAGCAGCUACAGAAGAAUUGUCUUCUCUCCUUGACCAAUGCCAGAAUUCUUCAGGAUGUCCCAUUUAACAGGUUUGAUGCUGCCAAGUUUGUUAUGAAAUGGCUCUGUAAGCAUGAAAACCCAAAUAUGCAGACAAUGGCAGUGAGCGUCAUCUCCAUUCUGGCCCUUCAGCUCUCUCCUGAACAGACAGCUCAGCUGAAGGCAGAACUUUUCAUUGUUGUCAGGGAACUCUUAGCAAUAGUGAAACAGAAAACCUCUGAGAAUUUAGAAGAUAUUACACUCACGUUUACUCUGAGAGCACUAUGGAACCUCACAGAUGAGUCCCCAGCCACCUGCAAGCACUUUGUUGAGAACCAUGGGUUGGCCAUCUUUGUACAAGUCUUGGAGACUUUCCCAUCAGAAUCAACGAUACAAACCAGAGUUCUUGGCCUUUUGAACAAUGUCGCUGAAGUCAAAGAAUUAUCCUGUGAGCUGAUGGUGAGCAGCUUGAUGACCCACGUGAGCCGGUUACUUCACAGUGUGGAGAUGGAAGUGAGCUACUUUGCAGCUGGAAUCAUUUCCCAUCUCACCUCUUUGGGGGAGCAGGCAUGGACCCUGAGCAGCACCCAGAGGAGCGCUCUGCUGGAUGACCUGUACAUGACGGUGCUGAAGUGGCCCAGUCCGAGCUGUAAGAUGGUGGCGCUGGUGACUUACAGGUCCUUCAAAUCCUUUUUUCCAUUACUUAGCAACUUCACGCUUUUUGAGGUUCAGCUCUGGGCGCUGUGGGCCAUGCACCAUGUCUGCAGCAAGAAUCCUACCAAGUACUGCAGAAUGCUCAUCGAGGAGGGUGGACUGCAGCUCUUGCAGGAUAUCCGGGACCACAUGCAGGCAGAGCCCCACGUGCAGCAGAUCGCUGUGUCCAUCCUUGUAGACUUUCACAUGCAUUUUAUGAACUACAAGAAAGCCCCUGGGUAUCAAAUGCCUCUUCAGACGUAAGGCGGCUUCCUGAGCAGCUCUCACCCUCUGCCUUCUCACCUGCCUGCCUUGGAUUGAAUGUCUAAAGGAUGCUGCCUUUGAGUUUGUGAGUUGUCCAGACCGUUGACCUUGAUCAUUUGAUUGUCCGGGUUUACAAAGGGGUGGCUUAGCAUGGCUCAGGCACAGCCCAGAAUCACUGUCAGAUGAUUCCAUGGGCCGGAGAUGCAGUUCUGACUCUGUGGCUGUUUGGGGGAAGCAGAGCCACAGGCUUUCUCUGUUGACAAACUCCUGAGCUGGAGCCAAAAUGAUAUUUUAAAAUGUUAUCGUUUACUCUUUGCAAGGCCACAAUGCAAAGUGCCUGUUAGAAGGCUGACUGUUUCCAAGCCGUGUGGAGACUGAGAAUUGUUUCCCAGCCUGGGUUUGUUUGCUUGGUUGUUAGAGGGUGGGGGAGGUCCCAGGUGGCACAGAGUAGUUGGGCAGGGAUGCUGGGGGACCCCACAUUUUACCUUAAAGGCCCGGCUGCCAGGUCACUCCAGGAUGGGUCCUGGAGUGGAGGGCCUUGGGAAAGUCACCGGAUAAAUGUGUCACUUUAGAAAUAGAACCUUUGUUUGGCUUUUUUUUUUUAA